CUUAAAUUGCAUAUAUUUUGUUUAUUUAUAUAUUUUUGCCUGUGUCACUUUUAUUUCUAAAUCUAAUCGGUAUCUUCACCAGUAGUUAAUUUGCUUUGAGUAGAUAAGACUGUCAUCUCUGAACUUCAACAUUUUUAUUGUCUUCAUUCCAUUUUCUGGUCUUUUAAGCAAUACUUUCUAAUUGAAGCUCUAAAUAUUAUUAGACCAUCAUCAGCAGAUGGGGUCCGAAGGUCCUUCAGCUGCUGUAACAACAGUUUAUAUAACAGGUUUCAAGAAAUUCCAUGGAGUUUCAGAGAAUCCAACGGAGACAAUUGUGAAUAAUUUGACGGAAUAUGUGAAAAAGAAGGGUUUGCCAAAGGGUUUAGCUAUUGGGAGCUGCAGUAUUCUUGAUACUGCUGGACAAGGAGCCCUUGUUCCGCUGUACCAGACAUUGCAAUCUGCCAUUAUUGCCAAGGAAUCUGAAUCUUCAAGUUCCAAUAAAAUUAUCUGGCUGCAUUUUGGGGUUAAUAGUGGUGCAACAAGGUUUGCUAUAGAACGUCAAGCUGUCAAUGAGGCUACCUUCCGUUGCCCUGAUGAAAUGGGAUGGAAGCCACAGAAAGUUCCCAUUGUUCCUUCAGAUGGCCCGAUUUCAAGAAUACGGGAGACUACCCUUCCCGUGGAGGAGAUCACCAAGACCUUGGCAACGAAAGGUUAUGAUGUAAUGACAUCUGAUGAUGCAGGAAGGUUUGUGUGCAAUUAUGUUUACUAUCAUUCUCUUCGGUUCGCGGAGCAGAACGGAAACAAAUCCCUUUUCGUGCAUGUGCCACUCUUCUUCACAAUAAAUGAAGAAACCCAAAUGCAAUUUGCUGCUUCCUUAUUAGAGGUACUUGCUAAUGUUAGUAACACCCAGCUCAUGUAAUUGUUCUGGUGUUGCCGUGCUUCUGAGAAUGGGUGACUGUACAACCUUGAAUGAAAUGUUAUAAAUUAUUGUGAUUGUCAUAAUAAUAAGAUAUUGUUAUGAAAUGGAAAUAAAAAUGGUGACGAAUUUGUUUUAGCCCUUAAAAUGCUGAGGCAAGUUGACAUCUUCAACACUGCA